UGUAGCGUUAUACCCACCACCCCGGGGGAUAAUAGCCACUAUGUGGAAGGAGUAAGCCGAUACAUCUGGAUGCCUGAUGGCGAUGGUGUUCCUCAUCUCGUAGACCUUGAAGCCGAGGAAGAACCUACAACAAACAGAAAUGCUGGAGCUCGGAAUGCAUACUGGCUGUUUACUAGGAACAACCGCAACAACCAUCAAGUUCUGGUGCACAAUAAUGCUAAUUCAGUGCGUAAUUCAAAUUACCGUAGUAACAGACAAACUAAAGUUGUUGUUCACGGAUGGAACAGCAAGGGAACUUCAACACUAAAUCCAAUGAUCACUUCGGCAUAUCUCGAUGUAGCGGAUGUAAACGUUAUCGUCGUUGACUGGAGGAACGCAGCUAGUGGCAUUUACACCACCUCUGUGCGUGAUGUCCCAAGCGUGGGACAGCAUCUUGGAAACUUCUUACAGUUUCUUAUUAACACAAUGGGAGGAAACUGGAACAACUUCCACCUAAUUGGCUUUAGUUUGGGAGCUCAUAUCGUUGGUAAUGCUGGUCGCACUGUCGGAGGCCGUCCUGUCCGUAUUACAGGUCUCGACCCUGCUGGUCCUCAAUGGGGAGGUAAUUCGCGUGCUUUGAAUCGUCGCGAUGGUGUAUAUGUUGAAACUAUCCACACCGACGGUGGACUGCUUGGUAUCUUCGACCCGAUCGCUGACGCAGACUUCUAUCCUAAUGGUGGGAGAAACGCCCAGCCUGGCUGUUUGAUCAGUACUUGCUCUCACAGUCGCGCCUACGAACUUUUCGCAGCUAGUGUUAGAUACAACCACUUCAACGGCAGGCGAUGCGCUAACCUGAAUGAAGCCAGGAACAACAGAUGCACUGGUGCUAAUCUUCGCAUGGGAAAUCGUGACCUGAACAAGCGCGGAACUGGCCUAUACGGUUUGACGACAGGACGUUCUUGGCCUUUCUAA